AUGUUGACAACUCCAUUUUGUGGAUGGCCGAAUGAACAUGGAAACUCAAACGCAUGGCACAACUCGCUUGAAAUGAAUUCUUGUUACCGAGAAACACACUCAAGCGACUGUCUUCGAUUGCCAACAUCAAAAACUGUGUCUGUGUUUAGAAGAAGUCUUGUGCUUUUGAUUGUAACACUACUCGAAAUCAGCAGUUGGGCAUUUUUGUUUGCUUGGCGACUGGAAAGUGCUAUUCUGUCCAAAAAACCAAACCAUUUUCCUCUAUAUCAACUUGUGGAUCCAGCAUUGGCUUGUAUACCCCGAAUUUACAUUUUACUUCUCAUCAUUAAAUCGUUUACAACACCUCGAAAUCCGCUCGAUCCUUCCAGAUUUACAAGAUACAGCUGGCAUUUCAUGCUAUUUUACUUGCUUGUAUUUGUAUCGUCUGUCGUGCGUAUGUUUGAUUAUUUCCUGACACCCAACAACUGGUUUAUUUCAGCUACAAUUGAGAAAUCAUUUGCUUCUGUUGAUGUCUGUCUGUGUUUUAUACUUGUGUAUGUGGUGAUGACUUCACCGACUGAAUUGGAUCAGGCAGAAUUAAUGAAUUUUGAAGAUGAAGAUGAGGGUGUUCUUGUACUUUCAGACGGAGGAGUGGGACGUAUGCUUAGUCUGGAGCCCUCGGCAUCCCCUCUUUCUUCCGUCACAUUCAGCUGGAUGAACUCACUGCUUCAUACAGCCUACAAAUCACGAUUGACAGCUGCCUCACUCUGGGCACUUCCUAUCCGACAACGAGCUCGAGAAAACUUUCGUUUGUUUGCCAAAAGGGAGACCUCACGCGUCACUUCUGUCAGUAUUCUACAACGCCUUUACGCAGCUAAUCGUAAGAUCGUAUGGUGUCAGUUGAUAACAGCCAUAGGCGCUGUCAUUUUUCAUUAUGCGAAUCCUUUCUUUUUGCGCCAAUUACUGAAUUACAUUCAACUACAUCAUCAUCAAGACACAUGGGUUGAAAAGGAGGUUGGGUUCAUGUACUGUCUUGCCUUGUUUGGCUGUAAUGUGGUGAGUACAUUGGUAGCGUCUCAAACACUUUUAUGGGGUAGGCGAUGGCAUGUAACGAUGACCAACAUGCUGAAUUCUGAGAUUUAUGCACAUGCGCUCAGACUCAAGCAUACACAUCAACAACAGCAAGACGACGACAACGAUGACCUUGAUGAAUCCGCACACCAAAAAGCAAGUUUAAUGAGCCAAGAUACUGAGCGAUUGGCAGAACUGGCCUCCUAUCUCCAUAUAUUCUAUACGUGUCCAUUAGAAAUCACAGCAGGCGUUGUGUUCUUAUAUCACAUCUUGGGCCAUUCCUUCUUGGCAGGCUUAGUGGUGAUGGUGGUUGCUUUGCCUUCGACACAUUACAUUAGUCGACGCUUAAUGAUAGCACAAACACAUCUGACAGAUGCCAAGUCAUGGCGAUUAAGGUUAUUACGCGAGCUUUGUGAAGGUAUCAAGACAAUCAAGUUUUUAGCUGCUGAGCGUCGUUGGGAACAAGCUAUCAAGGCAAAUGAUGAGCUUGUUAAACUGAUCAAACUCUAUACUCAAAAUACAUUAUUGGGCUUGAUCUGGUUUGCUACACCUGUGUUUGUCACCACUAUUUCUUUUGCUUGGUAUACGAUGGUUGAAAAAAAAUCACUCGAUGCAAGUACGGCGUUUGUGAGCAUUGUCUUAUUUGGCAUGUUACGCGAUCCCUUAAAUGUGAUGCCUCAAGCAUUUAUGGCCUAUAGUGAUGCCAAAAUAAGUCUGGGGCAUAUCACGGCAUUUCUAAAUACAGAGGCGAAACAAAACAAUCCCUGUGUUCCAUCCGAACAAACCUACCAAGAACAAGCCAAAGUUGGCUUUGCGUCCCCACAAUCCGUCUUUGAAUGGAACCAUACACAACAAAAACAACAUCAACAACAACAAACAACAAAGCAUUACAAUACAUUCCCUCAGGAAAGAAGAAGGUCUUCUAGAACAACUAUUGAAGGAUCCACCUCGUUUACGUUUGAUGCUUCUUCAUCAUUCAAGUUGGUUGUGCCCUACACUCUUUUUCCCUCGGGUAAAUUAAGUGUCAUUUCAGGUCCUCCGUCCAGUGGCAAGACGAGUCUGUUGGCUGCUUUGUUGGGCGAGAUGACGAUGAUCGCAGGUGAUCAAUUUCCCGUUUUACCUUCUCGGUUCUUGUAUCAACAACAAGGGCUUGUCAAAGAUGGCCCUUAUUAUCUUCACAAAGUAGCUUAUGUAGCACAACGUCCAUGGAUUGAACAUGGUACAAUACGUGAAAAUAUUUUGUUUUUUGAGCCUUGGGAUGACACUCGCUAUCGAUCUGUGUUGCAUCAAUGCGAUCUUUUGCGCGACUUGUCUUUGUUUGACAAUGGUGACUUGACACUCACGACAGAUCGAGGUAUCUCUGAUUCAGAUGUCAUGAAACAUAAGAUAUCUUUGGCUCGAGCUGUGUAUUCGCGUUGUAAAACUGUCUUGAUUGACGAUAUCUUUCAUUUGUUAGGAAAAGUAACUUCUACUUUUAUCUAUGAGAAUUGUAUUCGAGGUGAUUUGAUGAAAGAUCGAACAGUUUUAGUCGCAGUGACUUAUCCAGACAUGUUUUGGGCAAGAGAUGCGCGAUUGUUUGUUCAUAUGGCGGAGCCAUUCCAUGGAGAAGGUCGUAUUGAGUCUAUGGAGACGGAUCCUGAGUGCAUUGUGAACCUGAUCAAGACUCGAAGAACUGAGCAACAAAGAGAAAAGCAAAAGAAAGAAAAGAUAGAGGAGCCUAAAGAGACCUGGUAUGCAGAAACAAAUAACCCAGUAGAUAUGGUAGAUACUUUGUUUGAGCAUACAGGAGGCGCAAGUAGUAUACACAAUAAUACAACAUUAGUAGAGGAAGACUUUUUUGAUGAAGGAUCUAUUAUUCCUGACUCCAUUCGACAAGAAGAUGAAGAUGAUGAGGCAAUCCAUCGAGACAAUACAUACCGAGAUUAUGCUUAUGCUACUUACUAUUCUGUAUGGUCCACAGCUUAUUCCCGUUACGAUACAAUCGUUGAUCUCUCAUCUCUGGAUGAAUUGAACAUUUCCAAUUAUUAUGUUCUCAUCUACCUCGGAUUAUGCUUGGUAACUGUCACUUGUAAUUUCAUUCGUACCGUGAUUCAGUACAGAGGCUCUCUUCGUGCUUCUAAUCGUAUCUUUGUGGGACUUUUACAAUCUGUCUGUCAUGCCCCUUUACAGUUUUUUGAUGUAACACCUAUCAGUCAUAUCAUGAGCCGGUUUAGUAAAGACAUGGAGACGGUUGACUCAAGUAUUGGAUGGCAUAUCAAUUUCUUGCUUCAGACUGUCUUUGGUGUAUUUGGUGUUGUGUUUACGAUUGGGAUAAUUCUGCCCGAGUUCUUUGGUGCAAGUUUAGUAGCAGCCAUGAUGUAUUUUUAUGUUGGUGUCGUGUAUAUUCGAGCAUCCAGAGAAUUAAAGAAAUUAAAUACCGACAGUCGACCUCCUAUCUUUCAUCUUUACAGUGAUACAUUGGCAGGAUUAGCUACGAUACGUGCCUAUGGCGAAGAAUGGUCUAUGAUGAAGAAAAUGUUUACUCGCUUGGAUGAUAACAUGCGGCCUUUUUAUACGCUUUGGAACACCAAUAGAUGGCUUUUUGUGCGAGUAGAGCUCCUGGGUACAUUUCUGUCGCUUUUUAUUAGUGUUUCACUUGUCCAAAAGGUCAAGACAAUUGAUGCAGGUUUAGCAGGCAUUGCAUUGACAUUUUCCGCCAGUUUGCUGGAAUAUGUGUAUUGGUUAAUGCGACAAUUUACUACUGUCGAUAUGCAUUUUGAAGCUGUUGAGCGUAUCCAUCAAUAUAUGGUGAUGCCACAAGAACCACCCAGUAUUGUAGAAGGCUCAAGACCUCCAGCUGCAUGGCCAACUUAUGCAGCGAUUCAAGUCAGAGAUUUGGUUGUCAGCUUUAGUCAUUCAGAGGCAGAUGCCAUUUUAAGACAUGUAUCCUUCAAUAUCUUUCCCGGUGAGAAAGUGGCACUUAUAGGUAGAGCUGGUGCAGAGAAGCAUGCACUGGUUUCCUGCUUGUUUCGAUUCAUGGAACCUAUGCGGGGAUCCAUUAAGAUUGAUGGUGUCAAUACAGCUUGGAUUGGUGUUGAAGAUUUAAGAUCACGCAUGACAUUUAUUUCAAAAGAUGGCUGGCUUUUGAGUGGCACAGUCAGAAGCAAUUUAGACCCAUUUGGCGAAUAUGAUGAUUAUGCACUCUGGCAAGUACUUUAUCGUGUACAAUUAGCAAAACCACCCAACCAACAUGACUUAAAUGAGCCCUGUGCUAUCCAAGAUUUAGACAUAGAUCUUGGUAAAGAAGGGUGUCGUUUGCCUGUUUGCGAACGACAAUUGCUUUGUAUUGCAAGAGCCUUGUUGCAGGAUUGCACCAAGCUUGUUAUCAUAGAAGAAGCAAAUUUGAAUACAGAAGCAAGAGCACUUAUUCAAGCAGUUAUAGAUCAAGAAUUUGAAGAAUCGACUGUCAUCACAAUACCUUACAUGCUUCACGAUGUAGUGAAUUACGACAAAGUAAUGGUGUUUGAUCAAGGCAAUCUUGUUGAAUUUGACUCACCCAUUGAAUUGUUGAAUAAGCAACAUAGUCUUUUACAAUCCCUUUGUGAAAAAGCUGGUAUUUUGGACUCGCUUACUCUGGAUAUGGAUAUUCUUACCUAA